UCUCGACCUCUCAUAUCAGCUUCCUCACAUCUGAAACUGACCGAUAACAGUCCAGAGAACAGAGCCCAAAAGAAGAGACAGAGAUUAGACAAAAAUGGUGGAAGAGAGGAGAGAUUUUGAAGCCCAGGAGGAGAAGAGGAGGAAGAGGAUGAAGCUGGCCGGUUACAUCGCGGCCUUUGUCGUGUUCCAGACCCUGGUCAUCGUGGUUUUUGCCCUGGUCGUGAUGAAAGUUAAGACGCCAAAGUUCCGGGUUGAAACCCUCAGGAUACAGAGCCUAACCGCCGGGAACCAGAACUCGCCCUCCUUCGACAUGGCCUUCACCGCCCCGAUCAGAAUCAAGAACACCAACUUCGGGCCAUACAAGUACGACGCAACUACCAUCGACUUCACCUAUGGGGGAGUGCAGGUGGGGCAGGGGUCGAUCCCCAAGAGCAAGGCCAACAUGAAAUCCACUAAGAAGGUCGAUGUCCCCGUGACCUUGAGCUCGAGUGCCCUGACAAGCACUUCGGGCCUCGGGAACGAGCUGAGUUCCGGGGUCUUGACGCUCAACAGCCAGGGGACGUUGAGCGGGAAGGUGGAGCUGAUGUUCAUCUUCAAGAAGAAGAAGUCCACCAACAUGAACUGCACCAUGGCAAUUAAUGUGUCGACAAAGACGGUCCAGUCUUUGUCCUGCAAAUGAGCUUAAACAUGUCAGAGUGUUUGUUACUGUUUUAUACAGAAGUGAUCUUUGUAGCUGUUUUGUUUCCUCAAGCAAAACUGCAUAUACAUGAAUGCAUUAUUCCUUUGUAUAUCGAUCUAUCAUGUUUUUGCCGGAUCGCCAUUAAAUUGUUCAAUGAAGUCACCUAGAAUUUGAUAUCUA